AAAUUCCUUGUUUAAUUCUGUCAGGACAAAGUCGCACAGUCAUGUACUUUUCCUGUCUGGUAAUGUGGGAACACAGGGCUGCUGUUGUGUGUGUGCACAUGCCAUCGUAUUUGUCCCUCAGCAGGAACAGCGAUGUUGAUGUGGAUAACAAUAAUGCAGUCAGAUGACCGGGUAAACAACAACAACAACAUAAAAACAGCCAGGUCUGAUAAAGUGCUCUUGUCCUGUGACCUGAACUUCUACAGUUUGGUUUAGUGCAGUGUUUGGGUCGAAUAAUGCAGGGAGCAGGCUUUUAGUGAUAAUAUUUAUGAUUAUGUAUUUAAUCGAUUGUUUAUUAUAUUUAUCUACAUGUCUGAAAGUAAUUGAGUGAAAGAGGCCUGAAUGUACUGCACUGGUCUGGUUUAUAGAAGCGAUUUUGGGUCCAAGCAAUUGUCUCCUCUUAUUGCAUUGCAUAACACACACACACACACACACACACACACACACACACACAGAGUUGUCGACAGUUUGUGCAUUCUGAACACAGGUUCAGACUUUAACAGUGGAAGAAAAAGAGCACGCACUAGAUAUCAAAACCGAGCGCAGACGAACCUCGGCAUGUGUCACAUUCACCACUGGGCUGUCAGGAAUUUCAUACUUUGCUUCCAAAACAGUUAGAGGACACACAGAAGUGAGGGAGCGAGUGGAGAGAGUGAGAGCGUAGUGUUGAGAGUGUAGAAGUUUUGUCCUGACUGCUGUGGUAUUGUCUCGCAGGUCUCUCCAGGUCAUAUACUAUAGUGUUAGGUCACUAUAGACUUGUCUGGCGUCCCCUCUCACUUUCACGCUCUCCUGACCCUCGUGGAGCAGACAUGUGCGGAGGUCAUGCCUGCCGUUUGUUCCCAGUGGAGACUGAUCUCAGAGGCGCGUAAACGGCGAAGCAGGAUUAUGUUUUCGGGGAGAUUAGCAGCGGUUUUAUACCUGAUUUUCUGGGUGGAGAACGGCCGCGCUGAUACAUCCACAUCUUGCUGGAUGGCGGGAAACCAGAGCUGUAUGGAUCCCGAGCCGUAUCUGCUCGUUGGCCUCAGAAACGUCAUCCUCCGGAUCAACCUGGACGGCGGCGGCCAACAAAGGCUCGCGUCUGGUGUGGGAAACGCCGUCCUGAUGGACUUCCACUACAGGGAGGGAAGAGUGUAUUGGGUCGACACACACACAGGCGUCCUGAGUCGGGUCGACUUGGAUGGGACCCACUCUCAGAAGCUUCUGUCACUGGGGAAAGGAAUCUCAGGCCUGGCUGUGGACUGGAGAGAGAACUCGGUGUACUGGAGCAGCAGGAAAACAGGGACGAUCCGGAGAGCGGACACAGACGGACACGACGUGAAAACCGUCCUGAGAGACCUGACUCGGCCGAGCAGCGUGGUUAUUGAUCCAAACGCAGGGUAUGUGUUUUGGUUGUCGGCCGGCGUGACGUUCAGUAUCCAGCGCUCGGAUCUGACGGGAGCUCUGAUCACCACGGUGCUGAAAACCCCGGACAGCAUGUUGUGUUUGGCUGCUGAUGCGGUGGACAGAAAGCUGUUCUGGAUUCGGCACGGUGUGAACGGGCUCAGCACCCUCGGCUCCUGUGAUUAUAACGGCAACGGCGUUAACGUCAUCAACCAGAGAUUAAGCAGAAGAAAGUCUCCGAAGAUGUCGCUUUUCUGGGAUUACGUGUACGUGACAGACUCUGCGUCACAGAGUGUAAUGAGAGUUAACAGGAACACGGGAGAACCUCCUGAGAAGGUGAACUCCAAAAAGAUGCCGAGCGUUCCUGCUGACGUUAAAGUCAUCCAUCUGCGGAAUCAGCCUGUGGUGGAAACCCGUGCUGCGUUCACUCCGGUGUGUGAGACAGACGAGUGUGUGAAUGUGUGUUCCAGCUCUAGCGGUCAUUGUAAGUGCAAACCCGGCUUCGCGCUCAGCAAACACGGCGACUCCUGUGAAGAUAUAAACGAGUGUGCUUUGUGGAAUCACGGCUGCUCUCUGGGGUGUGAGAACGUUCCGGGUUCUUAUUUCUGCACCUGCCCUGAAGGAUACGUUCUUCUGGCCGACCACAGAACCUGCAGAGAAAUGAAACCAUGUGUGGAGAAUGGUACACUGUGUGAACACGCCUGCACACACACAGUAGAGGGCGAUGUGUGUGUGUGUCCAGUUGGCUCCUCCCUACAUCCUGAUGGACGUUCCUGCACAGGGUGUGUGUCUGUGGAUCGAGGUGGCUGUAGUCAGGUGUGUGUGACGUUGUCGCCCGGGAGGUGGGAGUGUGAGUGCCAACCCGGAUACCAACUACAGCCAGAUGGCAAACAAUGCAAAGCUCCAGGUCCUCCAGCAUUGAUGCUCUUUGCUAACAUGGUGGACGUGAGGAUCGUGAAUGUAGAUGGAUCAGACAGCAGGAGUCUGAUGAAUGAAUCUAAGCGAUCCAUCAUGACUGUGGAUUACGACCCUGUGCAGAACAGAGUGUAUUUUGCUGAUACUGAGCGUAGACAGAUCGAGAGCGUGUCUGUAGAUGGAGGUGAGACAGAAGUGCUGAUCACGGAUCUCGUCUCACCUGAGGGACUCGCUGUGGACUGGAUCAACCGCAGACUGUACUGGACAGACCGAGGGGUGUCCUCGGUGUCUCGUAGCCGACUGAACGGUCUGGAGAGUACGGUGUUGAUUCAUGACAAGCUCCUGCAGCCAAGAGACGUGGCGGUUCACCCUCAAGCUCAGAGGAUAUUCUGGACAGAUGUGGGUUUCCCUGUGGCGGUAUGGAGGGCAGGUCUGGAUGGCGAGGACCGCACGGUGCUGAUGGGUUCGGGACUCGUCUCUCCCUGCGGCAUCACCGUCGAUCACAACACACACACACUGUACUGGACUGACAUCGGAGCUGGGAGCAUCGGGUCAGCGGGACUGGACGGCUCGCACCGACACACACUCACACUCGAGCAAGUAGGUCUUCCGUUCGACGUGGCGGUGUUUGAAGACACUCUGUGGUUCACUAACCGGGAAGAUAAUCACAUUUAUCAUCUUGAUAAAAGAACAGGAAGUGAUGCGGAACAGCUCGGUGUAGAUUCUGUUCAACCGGCUUCACUCGUUAUAGUGCAUCCUCUCAUUAAACCAGGGGCGGACCUUUGUCUCCAUGGAAACGGGGGGUGUUCCCAGCUGUGUGAAAGCAGGCUCGGAUUGGUUCGUUGCUCCUGUCACUCGCAGCACGUCCUAUCAGCUGACGGCAAAACUUGUCUUCACGUACAAUCCUCAUCCUCGUCUUCAUCCUCAUCCUCUUCUUCAUCACCAUCUACAGGGUCAGGUGAUGGAGAAUGGAGUGACCGAGUGAAGAAUAAAUCCCUAAACGAUGAGAGUUCUCCUCUGUCUCUGUCCUCUGUUGGAGAACCCUUCACUGAGAAGAUGGUGUCAGAUCAGGAUGAGUGUUUCUCUCUGAGCUGUGAUGUGAACGCGCAGUGUGUGCUGGAGGACGGAGGUUCAGUGUGUCGUUGUCUGAUUGGCUUCACCGGAGACGGACAGCUCUGUAUGGAUAUUGAUGAGUGUGUGACAGGUUUGGCGGAGUGUACCAGUCCUCAAUCGGAGUGUGUAAAUACACCAGGUGGAUAUUACUGUCACUGUGGAGUAGGGUUUAACACAGAUGGACGCCACUGCAUAGAUGUAGAUGAGUGCCGUUUGGAGCUGCACAGGUGUGAUGUGAACGCCGUGUGUGUGAACACUCUGGGUGGAUACGAGUGCAGGUGUAGAGUUGGAUCCACGGGAACGGGAUUCAGCUGCAGUGUGGAGCGUAGUGCUGCCCCCUCCAGGACGAGCUCCGCAACUCCACUCGACAUGACGACUCCGCGGCUGCGUGGGGGCCUGGUGGAGAUCUGUCCGUCCACACACGACUCCUACUGUCUCCACAACUCUGUGUGUUUCUACUUUCCCGAGAUAGAGAUUUACGCCUGCAACUGUGUUCUAGGUUAUAUAGGAGAGCGUUGUCAGUACAAUGAUUUGGAGUGGUGGGAUCUGCAGCAGGCCGAACAGGAGAAGAGGAGAAACGUCGCCAUUGCUGUGUGCGUCACUUUACUCCUCCUGCUGCUGUCCAUCACAGCCACCAUCACCUACUGCUACAGGUGUAGGAGGUGUCCAGGAAGGCGAGCUGCAGUGGGCGUGGUCAGUGAGACGAGUGUGUGUGUGUGUGUGUGUGUGUGUGUGUGCACCAGGUGUAGGAGGUGUCCAGGAAGGCGAGCUGCAGUGGGCGUGGUCAGUGAGAUGAGUGUGUGUGUGUGUGUGUGUGUGUGUGUGUGCACCAGGUGUAGGAGGUAUCCAGGAAGGCGAGCUGCAGUGGGCGUGGUCAGUGAAAUGAGUGUGUGUGUGUGUGUGUGUGUGUGUGUGCACCAGGUGUAGGAGGUAUCCAGGAAGGCGAGCUGCAGUGGGCGUGGUCAGUGAGACAAGUGUGUGUGUGUGUGUGUGUGUGUGUGUGUGUGUGUGUGCACCAGGUGUAGGAGGUGUUCAGGAAGGCGAGCUGCAGUGGGCGUGGUCAGUGAGAUGAGUGUGUGUGUGUGUGUGUGUGUGUGUGCACCAGGUGUAGGAGGUGUCCAGGAAGGCGAGCUGCAGUGGGCGUGGUCAGUGAGACGGGCGUGUGUGAGCAGAGCGUCACUGAGACGCCGUCCGUCAGCCCGCAGGUAACACUGUGUUGGAGAAUAACGAGGCGAUUUCACGGCAUGGAGAAGAUUUUAAUAACGUUCUCAUCCAGAAUGAUGUUCUUAAGGAGCAGGUUCCCUGAGGAGAACGUGGCUCUACUGAGAUAAUGACAUCGCGUGUCGUUAAUUAUUAAACAAACGAUGUUCAUACGGUCGAGACGGUAACACGAGUAACUGUCACAGCACCGAUGAGAAGAGUAAGAAGAUAAAAUCACGAUCCUGUCUUUUCUGGUUUAUUUCAUUAUAUAGUCACAUUAGUGAAUAAAAAGAACACAAAAUAAUGACUAUUCAGUAAAUUACAGCCGGGUCCAUAAGUAUUUGGACAGUGACCCACUUUUAGUCCUGUUGCCUCUGCACACCAGCCCAGUGGAUCUGAAAUGAAGCAGUCGAGAUGUGAGUGAAGUGUCGACUUUCAGCUUUAAUUUAAUAUCAUAUUAACCGUUUAGGAAGUACAAGAUAGUUUGGUUUUUUUUUCAGAUUCCCUACAUUUACCCCGGCUCUAAAGUAAUUGGACAAUCAUAAAUAUUAAGGUUAUAUUUAAUACUUGGAUGCAAAUCUUUCGCAGUCAAUGUCGGCCUGAAAUCCGGAACACGUGGACGUCAUUAAAUGCCGAGUUUCCUCCCUCGAGAUGUUUUUCGGGUCUUUACUGCAGUCGCUGCUGGUUUGUGGGUUUUUCUGCCUUCAGUUUUGUCUUCGGUAAGUGAAAAGCAGCUCAGGUGGGUUGAGGCCGUACGUUUUGGGUCGUUAUCCGUCUGGACCGUGAAGCUCCGUCCUGGAGCAGGAUUUGACUGAAUCUGAGCAGAAAGUAAAGCUGUAUACGCUUCAGAAUUCAUCCCGCUCCUUCUAUCAGCAGUCAGAUCAUCGAUAAACACCAGUGAGAGAGUUCCACUGGCAGCCGUACACGCCCGUGCCAUGACACUGCCUCCACCAUGUUGGACAGAUGAUGUGGUAUGCUUUGGAUCAUGAAUCCUUCCUUUCCUUCUCCAUACUCUUCUCUUCCCAUUAUUCUAGUACAAGUUCAUCUUGCAUCAGAUCUGGUCUAAUCUAGCCUUUCCGUUGUGGAGUGAUACCAGAGGUUUGCAUCUUGAGGUAAAUCAUCUGUAUUUACAUUCAUGAAGGUGUCUCUUGAUUGUAGACUUUGAGAGAUACACCUACCUCCUCCAGAGUCUUCUUGACCUGGCUAGAUGUUCUGAAGGAGCUUUUCUUCAACAAGGAAAGAAUUCUGCGAUCAUUGACUUUAGUUGUCUUCGAUGGUCUUGCAGGUCUUUUAUUGCCGCUGAGCUCGCCAGUGCGUCGCUUCUUUUUACGAAUGAACCAGAUUGCUGACGUGGCCACUGCUAAAGCGCCUGAUCGGUCUGUUUUGUUUUUUGAGCCUAAUGAUGGCCUCCUGCACCUGCACCGACACCUCUUCGGACCGCAUAUUCAAAGCUCCCAUGAACAGCUACCAAAUGCUUGGAAUCAACUCCAGACCUUUUAUCUCCUCGAUCGGUCAGGAAAUAAUGAAGAGGCCGCACCCGGUCACGAAACCGCUUAUCAGUCAACUGUCCAAUUACUUUUGAGCCUGUGAAAACGGAGGGACUCUGUAAAAAACCUAAACGGUUAAUGCAGUAUUUUUGUUCCACCAUCUUCAAAUCCAUUUAUUUCCUCAGAAUAAACGCUUUUGAAUUAAACCUCAGAUUUCUCUCAUACUUCCAGGAGGAGGCUAAA